CGGAGUGUGAUGCAGAAGUAUCUUGAGGAGAGGAAUGAAAUAACCUUUGACAAGAUUUUCAGUCAGAAAAUUGGUUUCUUGCUAUUUAAAGAUUUUUGUUUGAAUGAAAUUAAUGAAGCUGUACCUCAGGUGAAGUUUUAUGAAGAGAUAAAAGAAUAUGAAAAACUUGAUAAUGAGGAAGAUCGCCUUUGUAGAAGUCGACAAAUUUAUGAUACCUAUAUCAUGAAGGAGCUGCUGUCUUGUUCACAUCCAUUCUCAAAGCAAGCCGUAGAACAUGUGCAAAGUCAUCUAGCCAAGAAACAGGUGACAUCAACUCUUUUUCAGCCAUAUAUAGAAGAAAUUUGUGAAAGUCUUCGAGGCAACAUUUUUCAAAAAUUUAUGGAAAGUGACAAGUUCACUAGAUUUUGUCAGUGGAAAAAUGUAGAAUUAAAUAUCCAUUUGACCAUGAAUGAUUUCAGCGUACAUAGGAUCAUUGGACGAGGCGGCUUUGGUGAAGUAUAUGGUUGCAGGAAAGCAGACACUGGAAAAAUGUAUGCAAUGAAAUGCUUAGAUAAGAAGAGGAUCAAAAUGAAACAAGGGGAAACGUUAGCCUUAAAUGAAAGGAUUAUGUUGUCGCUUGUGAGUACAGGAGAUUGUCCUUUCAUUGUCUGUAUGACCUAUGCCUUUCAUACUCCAGAUAAACUCUGCUUCAUUUUGGAUCUGAUGAAUGGGGGUGAUUUGCACUAUCAUCUUUCACAACACGGGGUGUUUUCUGAGAAGGAGAUGCGGUUCUACGCCACCGAAAUAAUCCUGGGGCUGGAACACAUGCACAGUCGGUUUGUUGUUUACAGAGAUUUGAAGCCCGCAAAUAUCCUCCUGGAUGAACAUGGACACGUUAGGAUAUCAGAUCUUGGUCUUGCCUGUGAUUUUUCCAAAAAGAAGCCACAUGCAAGUGUUGGCACCCAUGGGUACAUGGCUCCCGAAGUGCUGCAGAAGGGGACAGCAUAUGACAGCAGUGCCGACUGGUUCUCCCUGGGUUGCAUGCUUUUCAAACUUCUGAGAGGUCACAGCCCUUUCCGACAACAUAAAACCAAAGAUAAGCAUGAAAUAGACCGGAUGACACUCACCGUGAAUGUGGAACUUCCAGAAGCCUUCUCCCCUGAACUCAAGUCUCUUCUGGAGGGCUUGCUGCAGCGAGACGUUAGCAAGCGACUUGGCUGUCGUGGAGGCGGUGCACAGGAAGUGAAAGAACACAGCUUUUUCAAAGGCGUUGACUGGCAGCAUGUCUACUUACAAAAGUACCCUCCACCCUUGAUUCCUCCCCGGGGAGAAGUCAACGCUGCUGAUGCUUUUGACAUUGGUUCAUUUGAUGAAGAGGACACCAAAGGCAUCAAGCUUCUUGAUUGCGACCAAGAACUCUACAAGAACUUCCCUUUGGUAAUCUCUGAACGCUGGCAGCAGGAAGUAGCGGAAACCGUUUAUGAAGCAGUAAACGCAGACACGGAUAAAAUCGAGGCCAGGAAGAGAGCUAAAAAUAAGCAACUUGGCCAUGAAGAAGAUUACGCUCUGGGAAAAGACUGUAUUAUGCAUGGGUACAUGCUGAAACUGGGAAACCCGUUUCUGACUCAGUGGCAGCGUCGAUAUUUUUACCUCUUUCCAAACAGACUUGAAUGGAGAGGAGAGGGAGAGUCACGACAAAAUUUACUAACAAUGGAACAGAUUCUGUCUGUGGAAGAAACUCAGAUUAAAGACAAAAAAUGCAUUUUGUUGAGGAUAAAAGGAGGGAAACAGUUUGUCUUGCAAUGUGAGAGUGAUCCAGAGUUUGUGCAGUGGAAGAAAGAGUUGACAGAAACAUUUACAGAGGCCCAGCGGUUAUUGCGACGCGCUCCAAAGUUCCUCAACAAGUCUCGAUCGGGCGUUGUUGAGCUCUCAAAGCCACCCCUCUGUCACAGGAAUAGCAAUGGCCUCUGACAUCCAGGAUGGGGAAGGUCCUGGGAAGAUGGUGCCUCGAGGAAGGCCAUGCCGGGUGUUCUUAGCUCUUGAAAUGGAGCCUUUUGGAGAGGGAUGAGAGAGGAUGGAUUCACUUACCUCCGGGUUCUUCCACAGCUGUGAAGACCCAGGACACUGAGAUGCUCCUAAUAGGAGUCGUGACCAUUCUCAGGCCCGGGUUCGGCCUCCCUCCCUCGCUCCCGAGUGCCCAUACCACCAUCACAUUUGUCCAUACUCGAAACUACUGAAGAGAAGAAAAUUUUUUCUUUGCUACACAUUCAUUUUGGUAUAUAUGAACUUGGACUUGAGAUGAUUCCUACUUAUCACUUCAAUUUUUAUGUCUGAUAUCAAACAUAUCUUAGACUCGCCAACAUGGACUCUAACCAUCUGCAGUGUUGGGUAAUAGAUCGUCCCACUGUUGCCAUAUUUUAUCUAUAAACAGCCACUGCUGAGUUUAUAUGUCUUUGCUCCAUACUACUGGGGGAUGGGAGACCAGCCAUGUGUUUCUUCUGUCCUGGGGUUGAAAGCUGAAGAUAUUUUCUGAGAAGGUUGCACUUGGACCCUCACUGUGUGUGCUGCACCCACGGGUAUGGGUCUGCCGCUGAUGGGGAGCUCUCAUUCAGCCAGGAACAGAGGGAGUGUGCCCUCAGAGGACGUGGGAGUCGCUCAGAAGUGAAGGCAUUCAACACCAGACCGUUGGAAAGGUUUGCAGUGAUUCUGAAGGAGAGGCAGUGGAGUUUUAAAUUUCAGGGCAGUAGUGAUUUUCAGAAAUCUUCAAGUAAACAAACAGCACUUUGAUAUUUUUGGGCACACAUGAACGUUUAGGGGUGAGUCUGUGUCGGGUUUUGACAUUCGGCAAUAAGCCAUGGUGUGACACAGUAAUUCUGGUUCUUUUUGCCUGACCUGAGAAAACAUAUCAGUCAUAGACAUGUCAAAGAAGGAAACUCUGUUGAACUUUUUAGUAUAAUUUAAAAUGAAUUUUAUUGAAAAAAGAAUGCUGAAGAACGAAUGUGUCAAAAUGGGUUAACUGUGUAUAUUGACUUUUACAUUGUCAUUUAUCUGUCAUUAGUAAACAGUGCUUCGCACUGGGCGGGUGGUUCUGUGACAGUGACAGCAUCAGAGCAUGAAGACUAUUUGCUUGAUCCCAGUGGCGUCCUCUCCCCAUGUUGUCUUUCCCCCCGACCCUAUGUGUUCCAUGCCCUGUUUGUGCCCCAAAUAAAUGCUGGUUUAUGAGAACCGGUGUGUUUCCCAGCACAGUCCUCCAUGUCAUCAGACUAAAAAUAAUAAUAAUUUUAAAAGUCCACUUAUUUGUCCUGUUCUUAGUGCAAUUUUAUCAUACGUUUCUAGUUCAGCUACUAACAAGGUACAUAACUUGAGAUAAUAAUUAUCUGCAUCCCGUUCCUAAUAUGUUUCGUGCUUCCAAAUCUUUGUUUUUACCUCUGUGUUCUGUGUUCAUUGGAAAAUAAGUACUUUUUAAUGAAAUUUUAUUUUGAGAGUCGGGAAGAUAAUUACCGAGUCUUUUAUUUCAUAGGCGUUACUUUGGAAAUUUGGAGGGUCGCUAUCCAUCUCAGCUACUAGCUGGAGUUUAAACUAGAUGUUCUACUGUCUGCCAUUUCCAAUAUAAGAAGAGGGUAUACUAUCUGCACGUAUUUCUGAUUUUAAAAGGGAAGAAGAAUCAAAUUCUAUUUAGGAAAGAAAACACUCACCAGAGACAGAAAAGCAGCUGUCGAUAAAGAGCGAGCGUCUCCCCGGGCACGGUGAAGCCCAGCUCUCGCUGCUGCCGUUUUCUCAAGUGCGUGUGCUCAGCACUUAGAGUUUAGAAAUCUGUGCCUGGUGCCUCUGCUGGGCAGACUGAAGGGCCUCGUGUGCAGAAGGCACGGGGACCCAUUCAGGUUCUGGGCUAAGCAUCCGACAUUUCAUACCGAGGGCAUUAGCUUCACCGAUUCGCAUCUCUUUGAAAAAAUACCAUUUUUGCUCUGGAGUGAAACGUAGGGUUAAUCUCUCUUUUAGAAAUUUAGAAGUUUGUCUUAAGAAAUAUGAAUUGGAAGACAGCCCAAGAGUCCAUUUGCCUAAAACUCUUAUACCCCAAGUAAACUUUUACACAUUCCCCCCACCCCCGCCCAAACUCACACUCGCUGAGAAGGACGUUACAAAGAUGGAGUUUAUUGAAAGUGCUCCUUGAUUAGGGCACACAGCUCGCCAGGGCAGUCUCGGGUGUGUUGGGUCUGGUUUGGCAGUCAUGGAGAGGGCAGUCUUCUCCCUGAACUUGUGCCCGCAGCCGUCGUGAUGGGCUAAGUAUUCCUGUUUUCAGACGGAGUACACUUCUGUGUCAGCACCUGAGAGCCACAUGGUCAGAGAAGUUUGUCGGCUUAGAAGUCUUGAUGUAUGUGGCUGUUUUAGGAGGUUUUAGGAGUUACAUCACUGCUAGUUGUUUGACCCUUCCUAUGUUUGGACCAGUAAAAAGGACAAAAUUCUAGAUGUAUAUAGUUGGGGUAUUUUAACAUUGUCAAAGAAGAUAAUCAAAGUUGAUAUUUUUAUAAAAUUAUGUUAUAAGUCUUGAUUUCAUAAUUUGAAGGAAUCAAUAAAGCAAAGCCCAAAAAUAAUAGAUUACUUUAAGCUGCUAUAGAACAUAUAUGGAAUAAAUUAAAAAUUUUUGUGAAUCCAAGAUUAUUUUUUUAACCUAAAAUAUUCUCUUUGGUGCAUUUAUCCCCUCCCGUCAUUGGAGUUCAUGGUUUUUUUCUUCUGUAUCAUGCUUAAGUAUGAUUUUUCAGCAAAACUUCUAGAAAUUAGCUAUUAUUUCACUGCCAAUGCAAAUGUUUGACUACUCAUGCCUCUGAGUGGUCAGUUCACUGACAUUACAGUUUCAAAUUCUCUAUAUAAAGAGAAAGGGCCAGAGGUCCAGGUGCACAGGAAAGGAAGCAUUCUUCUGAAGAAAGACCAAUAAAACAGGACAAAAGAAAGAAGGAAGGAAGGAAGGAAGGAAGGAAAAAAGGAAGGAAGGACAGACAAACAAUGAUUUGCUUUCAACAAGAUUUAGCUUGAUUUGCAGUUUGAAAUAUACCAUACAGAUAUUAGAAACCGUUGUUCUAAGGCCCUCACUGGCCAUUAAACAAUUUCAUUUACUGAUUGACAGUGCAGUUUAACUAGAUUUAAAAGAUCAAAGUGUGUUUUUCUCUCAUUUUAAAAUUUAAUUCAGAAUUUACAAUCAGGCCAGUUCAAUACAAUAUUUAACUUUUUAGUGGAAUUGAUUUGAUUUUUCUGAUGUUUCACAAUUUUAACAUAUCCAGAAGGAAGCAAAAUUCUCAAAGUUGGACUUUUUUCACAUGAUGUAAAUCUAUUAAAAAUACCUUAAAUGUGCUGGUGUGAGUUAAGACUUAUCUUGGGAGAUUUAAUCACAUAAUUAUUUUCUCAGUUAUGUUCAGGGAAGUAUUUCAGUGUCAUUUAGAGAUGCUUGAAUUAACUCCUCCCCAUCCCAGGGGACGGACCUGUUGUUUGUACCAGAGGAGUUGGGCUUAAUUGGAAUCUGUGACAGGUGACAGCCAGGAGGUGGGUGAAGUGGGUGUCACAGAGAGACUAGUUUGAGAAAUAGGUCAAAGGUAAAAAAAAAAAAAUCAUUACCUUUACACCAUAAAGCACCCCUUUUAACAGAGGAGUUGAAUAGUAAUUAUCGUUAGGCCUGAUCACUUUAUUUUUGAAUAUGGAGCUGCUGAAUGAAUUAAGAGGCUAUUUGCUUUUCAACAUUCUGUAGAAAUGAAGUUGCUACUGCAUGUCAUCCAGCACCCUCGGGUUAGGCUCCCAGGACCCAGAGCUAACACCCUGUCUUGGUGCGUGUGCCUUGAAGCCAUGGGGAGGGCCAGCAGUGGAAUCUGGGUAGCCGGCAGUGCAUCGCCCUGUCGGUCAGUUGUGGACAUUGCUGCACAUCCAUUGAAAUUGCAAUAAAACUCAGAAUCACAGGGCCGGGCUUGCUGUUUCCGCCAUGCCCAUUUCUAGAGUGAACUUUAUAAUAGUUUAAAUUUUCAAAAAAGUUUUUCCUAAAGAUCUAACAUCAUGUUCCCUCCAAGAUAAAGUUGACUUGAAAGGUUUGAACUAAUCAGAUCUAUGUUCAUAUGAUUUUUUAAAAAUCCAGGCCACAUUUAAAAUUUUUUACUAUAGAAGUAACGGAAGUUGAACUAAAAUGAUACUCUUUGGUUUCUUCAAGUCACGAUGGACUUUAGAUUUCCUUUGUCCUCAAAGAUUUAGAGCUGUCCCUUUAUAGCAGAGCAACAGGUUGCCCACUCAUAGCAUCCAAAAGCCUGAAUAGACGCGAAUGGCCCGUUACUUUGCUGACUCGGGGGCCAUGUUCCUGACGUGGCUGGAUUAGUACUGAUUGAUAAACGCAAUGCCCCACGUUUUAAAUUGCUUUUAUUUAAACACACUACAAAAAAAUGGUAUAUAUACAUUUCAUUAAAAUAUAGGGGAGAAACUGCAUUUUAGAGUUAAAAAUUCAUAUUCUUAUAGUAAACUCUCCUGUACCUAACGGUCUCAAAAUCAUCUCUGAAAACUGGUAACUAUGCUUCCAUUUUUUAUUUUAUCCUAAUAUAAAAUAUAAGGGUAGGGAAUGGAGAGAUAUUUCUAAUUGUGUAUUCAUGUUACAAAGGACUUGAAAUUGAAUUUGUUUCUUAGUUGAUUAUGCUCCGUGAUGUAUAUAUUAUACGUGGUUUAUAAGCUAAACACUGGCCAUUUUUAGUUCUAUUGUUAAAUUGUAUUUUUCUAUGUUUUAACAAAUGAUAAUAGAUUUGGCUUUUUCUGGGUAACAUAAAGAUUGCUAAGCUACAUAUAUAUAUAUAUAUAUAACAAGAGUUCUAUUUUAGCACAAAAGCAUUUUAUAUUAUUUAUUGACUCCUUAAGUUUGUUUUCAUCCAAAACAUUCCUUAUUAUUUCUGCUCCUUUUUAUUUGUAUAGUUCGUUAUUUAAAGAGAUGGCAGUUUUUUUGUUUUUCACAAAAUAAAAUUGAAAGCAUGCGUAUAGCAACGCGGGGCAUAUCUCUCUUCUUACUGCCAUGGACUUUUCAACAAUAAAUAGAGCAUCCUCCGGUCUGUGCCACGAGGCUUACUCACUUUUUCGUAACAUCUGACAGCGAACUCGCCGUGAAAUACUGCUUUCAUCUACCUCUUCCAAAGGCCUCCCAAUGCUUUAUUCUAGACUGGCUACAUUAUAAAAGAAUUUCAGUAAAGCAUUUCGUUGUCACUCCCUGGUGACGGCAGAUUUGCUUUUAAAGCCGGAGCCUCGGGCCAGGCCCCGGCGGGCGGGCGGGGCGGUUUCCCUCCGCGGCGGGUUCCCCUAAGCAAGCCCGGUUCACCUGCACAGGGCCGUGUCCUACUCUCAUGUCAAAUCCCACUGUCAGUCCGGCCAUCGCCUCAAGAUUCGACUUCUGCGCCGAUUUAUCGAGUCCUUCCUGGAAAGUUCCUUCUGGGCACUCUUCUUUGCAAACGGCCAGCUGUGUUUAAGAACACCGCUUCUAGGAGUGGCAUAUUUGAAUGUGACUUUUUUUUCCCCCUCGCUGUUUCAAGACGGUUCGGAAAACGGGGUCACAAAGGCCGAUGCCCUCGUGGAUGAUGAAAACUUGGCGAGAAGUUUUGUUUCCGAGCAGACCGUUAAAGGUUUAUGCCAAAUCGAAUGAGAGGGGGUCCUCCUCACGCGCCUGCGUUUUUUUCAGCCUAGUCGCAGAGACAUCCGCGUAGUAACAUAUUUACUAUAUUCUUGGCGAAGUGUAAUACCCUGAAAGAAAUAAACCUGUUUUCUAUUGUGCAUUGCUAUACAAAGUGAAACCAGUGAAUUAGAUAUUGUAAAUCUAGAUAUUGUACCUCUGAAGUUAUCAUUUGUUUUAGCUCUUUUCACAUUGAUUGUGCCAGUGGAGGUUUAUAGUCCUGUCUCAGUAUGCAUUUACUAGUGCACGUUUGAAAUAGUAUCCUACUGAGAUGCUGUUCCACGUCUCCGGUCACCCGCCCUGUAUGUGAUGUGUCACCAUCGGUAUCACCAUCUUUUAAAGUUAUUUUGGAGCACCCAGGAUGGUUUUCUGUGUUGAUAAAUUGCUUAUAUAAAUCUCAAUAAAAAGUAUCUGUACAAAAAUA